AUGGGCAAAAUCAUAAUUUAUGAGCAUGCCAACUUCAGGGGUGUGUCCAGAGAAAUCACUUCUGACAUUUCCAAUCUGGGACGUUUGGACUUUAAUGAUAUUAUCUCCUCAGUGAAAGUAAUUGGCCAGCCUUGGGUGGCUUAUGAGCACGUAAAUUAUACAGGCAGGCUAAUGGUACUUGAGGAGGGGGAGCAUGACUAUGUUGGCAGAAGCAUGAAUGAUACAAUCAGUUCUCUGCAGAUGAUCACUGAAGAUCUGCAUGAUCCCCAGAUCACUCUCUAUGAGCAUCCCAACUACCUAGGGAAGAGCAGAGUAAUAAGAGAAGCAACCAACCUGGCUGCGGGAUUUGACAAUGACAUCAUGUCUUCCCACAAAGUCCAGAGAGGUGCCUGGCUGCUGUGUGAGCACAGGGAUGGAAGUGGAAUUCAAUACAUUGCACGAGAAAAAGAUAACCUCCCGCAUUACUCAGCAAUCUACCUCAAUGACAAGCUUUCCUUCCUGCGUCCCCUUCGCCCUGGCCGCUCUUAUUAGAAUGCAAAUCCUCCAAAGCUGAGGAAGAUGCAGCACCAGCAAGAAAUUUGAGAUCUAGAUUUCUCCUUGUGCUUGUGUAGCCUUUUUUCCCUGGGAGCUCUCUGCUGUGCUGCACUGCAGAUCUGUACUUCUCUAUCCUGCCUUGCACGC